AAUAUGUAACGGAGAAGACGACAAAGACCUAGACCUAUGCGAUGUCUUGGUCUUCCUUAAUUUUGUUUACAUACAUUAUAUGUACACAUAAUUAAACUAGGGUUGUCUAUACGUGUAUAUUUACAUAUAGGCAGGAACACAUUUCCUAGCCAUUUAAUUUGGAUCCGAUAAGGUAAAAAUAAUGGAUGAUCUGCACAAGAUUGCAAAGGCGUAUUACACCACUGCCAAUGAAGAGAGCAGAUUGCAAGGUGAAAGAUUUUUCAAAACGAUGGAUCAUGACGGGAGUAGACGAAUAAGCAUUCAAGAGUACCUGGCAUACAUGAAGCGGGAACGUCACACAAAAAUGGCGAACCGUCCCUUUUUCGACUAUCUAAACAAAAGCAGAACUGGCGAACUAGAUUUCAUGGAAGUGAUGACUCUCUUCUACAUAAUUAAGAGUGGAAGAAAAAUCUGUGAUGGAUGCGGUGGGCUUCUAAAGGGAACGUUUUUCUCAUGCACCGACUGCUUUGCUAAUGAUGAUGAGUCCUUCAAUCUUUGCAGUAAAUGUUUUACUGGGGGAAAAUAUGUCCACCCCCACAAACAUUUUUUGGAUAACUAUAUUAUUCUUGAAAACAUGAAGGUGAAGCUUGAAGAAAAGGAGAAGAAGAUCAAGCAGAUGAAAGCUGCAAAGGCGAAGAUGGAAGCUGCACUGGCGAAACAUCAGGUGGAUCCUAGCGAGCAGAAGGGUGCUAGCAACGCAAUUGUCUUGUAUAAUCAAAGGCGACGUCCAAGUGACCUCGCGACUGUGUUACAGGCAGUUGUUGCAGCGGCAAUAGCGGUAUCUAACUGUACCAUCAUGUGAAAGAUUUGGUGCAUGGUCCUGACUUUCGAAACCCAUGCAAGCAUAUUAUUUUAGCCCAAUAAUCUGGGAAUAUAUAUAUAUAUAUAUAUAUAGAGAGAGAGAGAGAGAGAGAGAGAGAGAGAGAGAGAGUAUGCAUGUAUCCGGUUACGAAGUUUCUAUCCUUUAUGAAUCUGUCAUGUAUUUGGAUUUUGAAUAACGAGGCUACGUAUUUAGCCAUGUUUGGAUUUUGAAUUGUUAUUAAUGUUAAAGUAAUUCAGAUCAAAUAUAAGAGGCUAGAAUUUUUAAUAA